UUGGCUAUUCAUACCAUCUUAUUCCUAUCAGACAUACACACACGACAUCUGAAACAGAUCGAUGAUGGAGGUCGAAGGAGAUUGCAGUCUAUGGCAUCACUUUAUCUUCUGUGAGGAGCUGCAAAACAACGAUGAGGAGAAUUUUAUUGUUUGCUGGCUGUGCCAGGAACCGCUAUGGGGAGGUCCCACCUACAAAUGCUUGGAAUGCAACUUCCACCAACAUGAAUCAUGCAGAGAAGAUAUUGAAAUCGAAAAACAUGAUCAUCGUUGGACGGAGGGACAUCACUUGAUCUUCAUAGAAGAGCUGCUGGACAAAUACAAUGGUGGCAUGGAGGAAGUUGUUUGCCCGGGAUGCCAGGAACCAGCAUUCGGUCCCGCUUACAAAUGCUCCUUCCCAGAAUGCACCUUCUUCCUUCACAAAUCGUGCUCUGAACAACUAUCCCACGUGAUACAACACCCCGUCCACCCGGAGCACGCCCUUUUUCUCCGAUUGCCAUCAUCAAGUAAUUGUUGUGAUGUUUGCCGCAAAUAUUGCUAUGACUCCUUAUUCUACCGUUGUUUCACCUGCGAUUUUGACAUCGACAUCAAAUGUGAAUCUCGUUGGCGAAUUAGCGCUGAGGACUGCCACCAACACUCACUCUUUCUCAUGCUGCAGCAGAUCCAAUUCACUUGCUCAGCCUGUGCUGAGGAAAGCAAUGAUAUUGCCUACCAAUGUAGCGACUGCCGAGUUCUGAUUCAUCGUAAGUGUGCUAAAUUUUCACGCACCAUCAAAACUAGUACACAUGUUCACUCACUCACUCGCACCUAUUCUCUUCGUCGAGUCAAGAAACAAGAGAACGUAUUAUGUUUACUCUGCCGUAAAAAGGUGAAUACAGAAUACGCGGCUUACUACUGUCAAAAAUGUGAUUACAUUGCUCACAUGGAAUGUGCAAAUAAUUUUAAAGUUGAAGACUGGGACCGGAGUGAAACCACUGAUGAGGUGGAUGCAAAUCAGUUGGUUCAUUUGGUGGAAGGGAUCGAAUUAACAGAGGAAGAAAGAGCUGGCCCUCGGGAUAUCAAUCAUUUCAGUCAUCCACAACAUAACUUAAUUCUCAUCAAUGAAGAGCUCGUUGAUAUCAAGCGUUGUGAGGCCUGUAUCCAAUUUAUAAUUGCUACCCCAUUUUAUAGUUGUGCACAAUGCAAUUUCUUUCUCCAUUACAGAUGUACUAAAUUACCCCUGACCAUUAAGCGAGGGCUAUUUCACAAGCAUCCACUCACCCUCCUCUCACAGAAUGUGAAUAAAGGUGAAUCAUUCUCGGGUAGUUCUUAUGGAUUGUUUUGGUGUGAGUCUUGUGGACGUAAACACCAAGGCUUCGUUUAUAGAUGUGACGAAUGCGCCGAAAAAAGUGAAUGGUUUCAAUACCGGUUGGACGUUCAAUGUUGUUUAAUUCCGGAAACCUUUGAACACAAAGGUCACGAACACUCCCUUUACCUUGUUAUAAGGUCUUCUUCCGAAAUUUGCAACGGCUGCGGUAUAAAAUGUGUGAAUUUCAGGUGCACGCAUUGCGACAAGUUCACCUUGUGUUUUAGAUGUGUAACUCUUCCGCUCGUAGCUAGAUAUGAAUAUCAUACACAUCUACUAAAACUCUUUUACACACGUGAAGAUGAUUCCGAUGAAGAAUAUUAUUGUCUGAUUUGUGAAGAAGAAAGAGAUCAUCCUAAUCAUUGGUUCUAUUCUUGUGUAAAAUGUAAGUUCACUGCUCAUUCCCGAUGCGUUCUUGGAGAGAAUCCGUGCAUUAAUUAUGGAAGAACGUUCAUCGAUAAAGAUCACGAGCAUCCUCUUACUAUUGUUCAAAAGACUAAGCAUUCUUCUCCAUGUGAUGGAUGUGGUAAGUCUUUUGUUGAUAAUAUGGCCUUAGAAUGUAGUCAAUGUAAAUUUAACGUCCACCCGACAAAAUAUUGGUGGCAUGAAGAAGGUUGUUUACAAAUACAAAAUAAAAAAGGGUAAAGGUAGCUUUUCUUGCUAUAGUUAGCUUAAUUUGUUUGAGAGAGACGGAGAGCCUCAUU